UUCACCCAAAACCCCCCAAAAUCCAUUUGGGACCCCCCAAAAUCCACCCAAGACCCCCCAAAAUCCACCCAGGAGCUCCUCGGGGACAUCCAGGACCCCCCAAAAUUGGCCCAAAAUCCCCCAAAUUCUGCCCCAAACCCCCCAAAAUUCACCCAGGACCCCCCUGGGGAUGUUUGGGAGCCCCUCAGGAACCCCCAGGAUUUUUUGGGGACCCCAAAAUCCGCCCGGGACCCCCCCGGUGUCCCCUCCCCCCGCCGGAGCAUCCUGAGGGCGCCCACGUUCCGCUGGGACAGCGGUGACGUCAUCCGGCUGGGCCGUGACGUCAUCAAGCUGGGCCGUGACAUCAUCAAGCCCAGCCGGGUGGUGAUCAAGCCCUGUGACAUCAUCAAGCCCGGCGGUGACGUCAUCAAGCCCCGCUGUGACAUCAUCAAACCCCGCUGCGACUCCGAUGAUGUCAAACCAGGCGGUGACGUCAUCGACCUCACUGAUGACGUCAUCGCGCCGGACCACAAAGAUUUCGGAUCUGCCUGUGACGUCAUCAACCCGACCUGUGACGUCAUGAAAGCUUCAUGGGAUGCCGCCAACCCCUCGUGUGAUGUCAUCAAACCAGCCUGUGACGUCAUCAGUGACGUCGGUGAUGUCACGAAAUCCCCCUGUGACAUCAUUAAAGCGGCUGACGUUGUUAAAAACACCGAUGACGUCAUCAACGGCACCAGUGACGUCACACACAACGGAAGUGAUGUCAUCGACGGCGCCGCCGCUGGCCAGGGCUCCGAUGACGCAAUCAGGGACGGCGAUGACGUCAUCAAGCCCAGCGAUGACGUCACUGCGGUCACCUCAAGGACAGCAGGAGGCCCCGCCCCCUUUGGCAACCCCACGAUGACCUUUGACCCCCCGGUGACCUUUGACCCCGGGGCGCCCCUGCGGUUGCUGCAGGUGACCCUGGCUGACCCCGCCGUGACCUUUGACCCCGCGCUGACCUCUCCGGGCCCCGCCCCCUCCCAGCCCCGCCCCCUUUUGCUGCGAGCUCCUCCCUUCGCCCCAAGCCCCGCCCACCUCCGCAUCUACCAAUCAGCGAGCCCGGCGCCGGCCGUUAACCACGCCCUCGCACUUCCGGUGCAAGCCACGCCCACUCCUGCUCCUGCCCAACGACCUCCGCAUCAAGCCACGCCCACUUCCGGAGCAAACACGCAACUUCCUCUUCAAACCACGCCCACUUCCGGUUUGAACCACCUCGCCCUCUGUCCACCGGAUGGCGCUGUGGGCGCGGCAGGAAGUGACGUCACCAAACCCGGAAGUGGGGGCGGGGAGGGCGGGGCUGGGCCGGGAGAGAUGGGGAAGGGGCCGGAUGACGUCAUGGGGCUGAGCGAUGACGUCACGGGGCGCGUCAUCGACCUGCUGAGCCGCGCCCGCGUCCAACUGGGGAGGAUCGACCGGAGGAGGGGAACGGUGGGGUCGGAGGAACCUGAGGAGCCCCAG